ACUCUCAGUUUGACAUGAGCCGUCAUACGUCCGAUUUUUGAAGUGUUUAUUGAUUAUUUUAUUAGAAGAAACAUUGUGCAAGGUGGUUAUGGAUCAACCAAAUGAGCGUGGUCGUGGCCGUGGUCGUGGCCGUGGCCGUGGCCGUGGCCGUGGGCGAGUUGGUGUCAGCGCGAGAAGUUUGAAUUUUGGAAUAUCUCCAACACCAGGCCCAAGCACCACUAAUGCAGUACCGACUUCAAUGGCUGAAGAAAUAAAAAAUAUAAAAAUAAACAAAGCAAAAGAAAAAAAUGCCAUCAAAAUUCUUUCCUCGGAGCAGAGAACAAAGCUCCUUGCUCUGAGGGAAAAAAAACAAGUGGGACAUUUUUUGAUGCCUGACGCCCCACCUAUGAAAAUGAAGAAAAAGGGAAAUAUUUCGCCUGAGCGCAUAAAGUGCCCUUUAACUCCCGGCACACCGGAAGUUCCACCUCCCCGCGUUCCCCAGGCUUGGGAACUUAAAAAAAGAAAUGCAAGCGGUCCAUUCAGCUACACAGUAGAACUGGAAAAUGAUAAUGUAUCAGAUAAGGAGGAGACCGCGUGUCAAACGCAGGUCAAACGCGCACGGCCGAGCAAUUCAAAAGUUAUGUUCACACCAUCAACGGGGAUCACAACGUCCGACAUCUCCAACUACCAGAUAGUAGACAGCGAAGUGGAACUGGUUGGAUUUUCUGAACCUGCCUCUCCGGUUUCCGACGCGCUUCCACUGCCAGCAUCAUCAAAGGCAGUUUCCCCAUUCUCAAAUUUUUUAUUAGAAGAUAAUGGUGAAAUCGAUAAAGAUGUACUGAAGUGGGAGACUACUGGAAACAUAGGCAGUCAUGUCGAUGAAGAUGAAAAUGAGGCAUUGGAGGCCUUUGAUAAGGCAGACGACGUGGCAUUAAGGGAAUUGGCCACCGAGGAUAUGCUUCACUUCGAGUGGUCAAGUGAUGCAAAUGUUUUCAGGGGUCAGCGGGAAUCAUUUACGGGGGUUGCUGGUCCUACAUUUUUAACGGAAGGAUUGUCUCCAUUCCAAAUCUUUGAAAAGAUUUGGGAUGCAGACAUCCUUUCGUUAAUAGUGCGGGAAACCAACAAAUACGCCGAAGACAUCAAAAAUAAUCCUGGCUUAAAAAAUGAGGCAGAUAUUAAAAGGUGGGUCCCGCUGACCACUGACGAACUUUUGAUCUUUUUUGCAGUCAUCAUGUUUCAAAGUUUAAUACCCAUACCUGUUGAAUCAGAAUAUUGGCGGCCUAGAUAUGACUAUCUUAAAAUAGGCCGCUUCGCCGAUAUGAUGAGCUUCACAAGGUAUAGGCUUAUCAAAAAAUGCCUUCAUUUUGUGGACAACCAUACGGUUUCAUCUUCCACAAAUACCCCAAACAAAUUGGUUAAAAUUUUGCCAAUUAUCAACCACCUUAAUAAUAAAUUUAGCUCGUUAUACCUACCCGAGCAAAACAUCGCUAUUGAUGAAUCCCUAUUGUUAUGGAAGGGGAGGCUGUCAUUUGCACAGCUCAUAAAUACAAAAGCUGCUCGGGUGGGUAUAAAAAGUUACGAGCUAUGCGAGUCCAAGUCGGGAUAUUUGUGGAAGAUGAAGCUUUAUGCCGGCAAAGGGCAAGAUAUGCAAUUUGAAGUUCCUGAACGCGACGAUGCAGAGCCAGAGGGUGCCACCAGCAAGAUCGUAUUUGAUUUAGUCCGACCUUUGCUAAAUCGGGGGCACACUCUGGUGAUGGACAACUUUUACAACAGCCCUUUGCUCUCCAGAGCCCUUAAAAAAUACAAAACGGACACAAUGGGGACGUUACGUCUUAGCCGCGAAUUUGUGCCCAACUGCCUCCAGUCAAAGACCAAAUGGAACAUGAGCACUGGGGAAGUGGCUUUUAGCCAAACGAGGGACAUUACGAUUGUAGUCUGGAAAGACUGCAAUCUGGUGUCCCUCAUAUCGACCUACCAUCAGGCAAAAGUCGGCGGACAAGAAAAAUACGGAAAAUACAAAUACAAGCCGCAAGUUGUGCUGGAUUAUAACCUCUCCAUGGGUGGGAUCGACAAAAAAGACCAGUUGCUGCAGGCCUUCCCCGUGGAGAGAGUAAGAAACAAAAUCUGGUAUAAAAAACUUUUCCGCCGACUUUUGAACGUUUCAAUCCUAAAUGCUCAUGUUCUUUUUGGUACUGGUGGCACAAGGUUGUCGUCGAGGGAGUUCAGGAGCCGUCUCGCCGACGAGAUGUUAAACAAAUUUCGUCCUCUGGCUCCCUCGACUUCAACCGUUGUGACGGAACAUUUUCCGGCUAAAAACUCCCAAAAAGGGGCAAAGGCACGUUGCAAACUGUGCCACAAAAAAGGUGUAGAUUCUCGCACAGUGUGGAAGUGCGAGAAGUGCGACAUAAGUUUGUGCAUGCCAGAAUGUUUUAAAACUUUUCACUUAGAAAGAUGCUAACUUUCUAAGUGUAAGCUUUCAAACAUUCUUCUUAAUCUGCCCAAGUUAAUAUUUUUUUUCUGUAUAUCUGGCUUUUUGUAUUAUCCUAACAAUAACGAACGAAAAUGAAGGUUUUUGGUAAAAUCCCUAUUCUAAUAUCAGUUUUUGCAUCUGCAUUUGGUUUUCAUACUAUUUGUAUAAAACACAUACUUAUUUUUGGUAUGGCAAAAAGAUUAUGAGGCAUGUAACGGCUACUUAAGACCAACACAUUAAGUUAUUCAUUUUAAUAUUUGACGAUUUGUAAGCACUAUUUUAAUAGCCCGUGCAUAUUUCUUGUAAUGGGUAUUAAACUUUGGAACAUGAUGAAACUGCGUACCUUUGAUGUGCAAGCGUAUCUUACACCUGGGAAAAUACAUCCAAAGCCCAUAGGAUGUAAAACAUAUCGCCCCCCAAAAGAUCAUUCAUCAUUUAAAUACACCUUAAAUUUAAAAUAACUUGAAAAAAUCGAAUUGCCUAAGGUGGGAAUCGAACCCACGAUUUCAUCAAUUAAUCAAGAUCGAAAGGCGACUUAACGCCAUAAAAAUUAUAUUAACUAUGUAACUAUGAAUACACCUUUUUAUUCCAGCAUGUGUUUGAAGGCGUAAGCCGAAUCUCAAUCGGUACUGGUACUGAUACCGGUUUAUGCUCUCAGUGUGUACCCAGCCUUACGACCGGCUGUUUUGCUUACUCAUACAAAAUAGGACUCUGUUUUGAAUACCUAUUGUAUAGGUUUGGUACGCGCUAUUGACGUGAUAUUUAUACAUAUUGUACUCAAAUAACCUAUCUUUUAAAAGCUGUUAAUAUUUUUGGGGUAUGUGUAAGAAUAAAUCUGUAAUAAAUUAUGAAACUGGCGAGAAAAAAUACGCCAUCUGUCAAAUUGUAUCGUCAUUUAAAAAUAAUUAAAUACAUGUUUUUUUAACACUAA